CUCUCAACCAAAAAAAAAAGGAAACGAAACCUUUCAAAUGACGUAAAAGCAAAACACUGACUUUGCUUCCCCGGAAUUACCAAUCCAAGAAACGCUAAUGAUUCCUCCCUCCAUUAAACAACUCCUCUCUCUAAACCCAAAUCUCAAUCCUUCUCUCUUUUGAUUCUGUUCGCUUUUAACCCACACAUACAGAUUAUACAUAGUUUCGUAUGUGGAAGAAGAGUGUAUGCCAGAAAAAUCCCCCCUUUCUCUCCAUAACCUAAAUCACUCGAUCAUAAGUAGAAGAAAAAGGUAAACUUUUUUUUUGGGUGAUUUUAUAUGGUAAGAAGAGGAGAAAAGAGCAAACCUGGGAAAGUCAGGGGAGAAUUUGCUGGAGGGUUUAUUGGAUUGUAUCCAUGACAUCACAUCGGCUUUGGCUUUCGCUAGGAUGACUGAUUCUGCUUAUAGAGUUGACACCAUUUCCAGGCUCGCCCAAUGGCGAAUCCACAACCUUUCUUCCUCCACUUACCGCAAGUCCGAUCCUUUCAAGAUGGGUCUCUGGAAUUGGCAUUUGUCUGUGGAGAAAAGCAAGAUGCUAUUAAAUGUUAAGUUGUAUCCAGAGGUAUCAAACCUCACCAGAGAGAAUCCACCUGUUGCCUCCUUUGCUCUUCGUGUUGUCUCUUCUGCCGGUGAAAGGAAAGCUUUAUCUCAUCCAGAAGUAAUAGAUAAGCGGAUCAAGACAAACGAAGAUUUUCUUUGGACGAUUGAAGUUCCCUUAACUGGAAAAAUCAUCAUCGAUGUUGAGUUUCUAGACCUGAAGGUUCUGUCUCAAGAUAGUGGAGAAUUCUACUCAAUCUGGGAAGACGGUUCAACGCAGAAUCAAUCCAAAGCGUCAGCAGUAACAUCCCUUGGACGUAUGUUGGAAGAAAGCAUUUACACAGACAUAAUGAUCAAUGCCUCUGAUGGAAGCAUUGGAGCUCACCGAGCUGUUCUUGCUGCACGUUCACCUGUUUUCCGCAGCAUGUUUCUACAUGACCUUAAAGAGAAAGAGCUCUCAGCGAUCAACAUGCCCGACAUGCCUCUUGAUGCUUGCCAAGCGUUCCUCAGUUAUAUCUAUGGCAAUAUCCUGAACGAAGACUUUCUUAUCCAUAGAUUAGCUCUCCUCCAAGCAGCAGAUAAAUAUGAUAUUGCUGAUUUGAAAGACGCGUGCCACUUGAGUCUUGUAGACGAUAUCGACACAAAGAAUGUUCUUGAGAGGCUUCAGAAUGCUUAUCUCUACCAGUUACCUGAGCUCAAGGCUAGCUGCAUGAGGUAUCUUGUGAAGUUUGGUAAGAUAUUUGAGAUCCGUGAUGAGUUCAACAUAUUCAUGCAGUGCGCAGACAGAGAUUUGAUUUCUGAAGUUUUCCACGAAGUUCUCAGUACCUGGAAAGGAUUUUAGGGGGGAAUCAGAAAGGGUAUGUGUGCUAUUAUUAUUAUACAAGGACUAUUUUUUUGUGCAGAAGGAUUUGUUGGUCUUUAUGUACAGAUUAAAGUGUUGUCAGGGUUUUAACUCAAAACCCCCAAGUAUUGUCCUUGCAAGGAUAAAAACAGCAACAUGUAAAUUCAUGAUUUGAUUGAAUGCGAGAGCUUCUUAGCUUGAACUUUGGAUUGU